AUGAUGAAACUCACAGAAGGCAUGCGACUCGCGGUCGGUAGCCAUGAAGUCACGGUGCGGCAUUUUCUUCUGGAGGGCGGGUUUUCUCAGAUCUACGAGGUCACCAUGGAUCCCAAAGAAGAUGAUACCGACAUUGGAUGCUUGAAACAGGUGAUUGUACCCGAUAAAAACGGCUUGACCAUUCUCCGGAAGGAGGUGGACGUCAUGAAGACACUUGCGAAGGCUAGUAUGAUUGUCAAGUAUUAUGAUUCUCAUGCCGAACGUUUAGAAAAUGGAACUUAUCAGGUGCUAGUGCUUAUGGAAUUGUGCCCCAACAAGUCUUUACUCGACUACAUGAAUGCACACAUCCGGGAAAAACUCACCGAAAAGGCCAUUUUGAAGAUCAUGAAGGACAUUUCCUUAGGUAUUUACGAGAUGCAUAAGCUAAAAAUGGUACAUCGUGAUAUCAAGAUCGAGAAUGUAUUGAUCGAUGCACACCACGACUUCAAGUUGUGUGAUUUCGGCUCGGUUGCAUCGCCUACAAGACCACCAAAGGACCAGCAAGAGUUCCAGGCUCUCAGCCACGAUAUAUUGUAUCAUACUACCCCUCAGUAUCGGGCUCCCGAGAUGAUUGACCUUUACAGGGGCUUUCCCAUUGAUGAGAAAUCGGAUAUUUGGGCCCUUGGAUGCUUUUUGUACAAGUUGUGCUAUUAUAUCACACCAUUUGAAACCAAUGGCGACAUCGCGAUUCUACAUGCGUCGUUCCAGUUUCCACCGGCUCCAGUGUACUCUGGUGACUUGAAGAACCUUAUCAUCAUCAUGCUCCAGGAGAGUCCUUUAUACCGACCAAAUAUCGUUCAGAUUAUCAUGUUGUUGUAUAAGAUGAUGGGUAUUGAGUUUGUAGACCUGGGUAUCGAUGACUUCUACCAUGCGGGAGAGUACAACUUCCAGGCAUUGCAUGAGAUGCAGCGCCACAAGCAGAAUGAACUUCUAAAGCAGCAGCAAUAUUAUUACGAGCAGCAGAAGCAGCAGCAAGAGUUUGAAGCAAAACAAAGGGAGACUCUUGCCGUUCGUUCACUGCAAGAUUCCAAACUAAGUUCGAACCAUGGCUCAGUGACUGAUUUGAAUCGAAGAGUUCUGUCAAGAACCCCACAACCAAGUUCAGAGAGUAUACUGGCGUCAAAUUCACAGAAUAGUCAACAUGGUAAACCUUCGCAUGUCCCAAUUGAACAAAGGGCCUCUGAAGCACAGAAUCAGCUUUCACUGCAGUCACCAGUGCAGAUGUACACGAAAUCUCCACAACAGUACCCGCAACUGUCUCAGUCCGCAAACUCAAAACUUCCAGGACAUGCGGUCCCAAGCCAGUCUAGUUCUGCGGCGCAUCUAGAUGGAAAAAUGAACAGCAUUUCGGACACCCAGCAGAAAGCCCCAACGCUCUCUCCAGAAUUGAAAUCAAACAAGUCGGUCAAUUCGAUAAACUCCAUCGUUUCUAUUGACUCAUCCGAUGAUUCAGAAGUCGAUAUAAAUGCAUUAGGAAAUUUGGAGGAUGCAGAGAAUAGGUAUCCAUCCUUGGAUGCAUUGGACAUAGCACUGGGGGGAGCCAGUACUAAGUCUCAGGAGAAAGGUACCAUAGAAAGUCCCAAUACUCCUAAAAUAAGCAUUGUGAAUGUAUCUGGAUCACAUGUUAUAGAUGAUCGUCAGACUCAGCCAAGUAAGGCUCCUAGUGAACACCAUGUGAAGAAACCCUCGCAGUAUGAGCAUAUCGAAGCAUGGCAGAGGCUGUCUGCUUCCAUCAACAAAAAUGCUGAGCGUUUAGUUGAAGAUAUUUUCGUCUCGAGGACAACAACCAAUGAUCCCCAGGCAGCUAGCAAAUCUGGCUCACACAAAAGCGCUGGGGUAUCCCUGGAAUCUGUGGACGAAGUUCACUUCUCAGAAGCGAAGGAUUCCAAGCCACUGAAUUUAAACAGCCCCGUUGUGCUUCCAGAGAAAAAUAAGGAUAGUCAAAAGGAUAAACCUUCAUUCUUAGCAUUAUCCAACCAGGCUACACUGGCAGUUAUUGGGGCUCCAGCACCAGUGGUUACUCCAUCACUUCCUGGGCUAGCUCAUGUUGCAGGAAAUCUUCCGGGCGCGCUUCCUAAAUCCAACCCAUACUCCUACCAGCCUGCUGUCCUGCAAGAACUGUCUUCAUACGUAAGUCACACGAAGCCAUUCAAGGAGGGUAAGAGAGAAAGCUCUAAUCCUUGGGGUGAUGUUCUUCGGAAAAAUGAUGCUGUUUCUUUUGAAAGCAUGGGAAGGAACUCUCCAUUCCCUAAUCCGGACAAUGAUUUGAGUCAUAAUGUGCUAAAAUUGAACCUAGACGAUCAUCCGCAGCCCGUCUCACACAAAUCCGAGCUGAACCUCAUCGAGUUAGAGACAGGCUUAUCUUCGUCUCAAUCAGAUUUGGCUCCUCCUCUUCCCAGCAGACCCCACGAAGAAGUCUCCCUACUAGAUCUUGGAAUUGACGAGGACUUCACGAAGAAAAAUAACAACAAGUCUAUGUUCAAGAAGAAGAUCGCAGACAUACAAAACCAACCCAUUGCAUUCCUGGAAGAAGUCAUCGAUUUUGCCUCCGACGAUGAGAACAACAAGUCUGAAAUGAGCCGUGUGGCGAUCCGAAACUCGCUUAGGAAGUCUCGCAAGCUGAGCGACCACCAACACAAAAGAAGUGACAGCAGUCACGCAGAGAGCCGGAAACGGCAUUCUUUCUUUGGGGGCACUCUAGAAUAG